CCCUAAGCUGAAGCAACCGAAUUAAAAAAAAAAAAGGCUGCCACCAUAAUAGGACAUGGUCGCCUCUCCUCACGGGACGGGGUGAUGAUGCACAAGAGUCACGGAUUUCUGCACGUAGAAGCGGAGGGGCGUGGCUAAGUCACGGCAUCGCAGUAUGCCAGUUUUUCAUAGGUUGAUGGAGUAGACGUAAAGAAGUAAUAGAAACAUCUGCGUGCGGCUACGUGCGGUUCUCCUCGCAGCUCACGUACGAGACGAAUUCCAAGAGAAAAAGAGGGAGGCACCGGCUGAAAAAAAAAAAAAACAAACGACUGCUGCAGCUCACCGAGGGUCAUAUUUGACCGGGUCGGUACACACGACAGCUCAUAGCACCGGCGGGCGGGUUCUGCAAAGCUUAUUUUACCACCACCUGAAGAUCUCCUCUCUGCAUCCUUCAAUUGGAGAAAAAGACAUUUCAUCCAGCUAGACAUCAGAAGAUGGAAGGCCAGCAAAAGCAGGUGACAGGUUAUCUCCUGUUCUCUCUCGGCACCGCCGUCAUCGGCUCUCUGCAGUUUGGUUACAACACAGGAGUCAUCAAUGCUCCCGAGCAGAAACUACGAUCUUUCUUCAACGAUACCUGGGUUGAGCGGUAUGGCAAGCCCAUCAGUCCGGGGGUGUGUACCAUCGUCUGGAGCAUCGCCGUCGCCAUCUUCAGUGUCGGCGGCAUGGUGGGCUCCUUCAGCGUAGGCGUCAUGGCAAACCGAUUUGGCAGGCGCCGCUCCAUGUUCCUGGUGAACUCUCUGGCGGUGAUCGGCGGCCUCCUCAUGGGCUUCUCCACCAUCUGCUCCUCCUAUGAGAUGGUGAUCGCCGGGCGCCUGGUCAUCGGCCUGUUCUGCGGCCUCUUUACCGGCCUGACUCCCAUGUAUGUGGGCGAGGUGUCGCCCACUCCCCUCCGAGGUGCCUUCGGCACUCUUCACCAGCUCGGUGUGGUGGUGGGCAUCCUGAUCGCUCAGAUCUUUGGUCUGGAGGCUCUGCUGGGCUCAGCCAAGAUGUGGCCCCUGCUGCUGGCCCUCACAGUGGCCCCUGCUGUGCUGCAGUGCAUCCUGCUUCCCUUCUGUCCUGAGAGCCCUCGCUUCCUGCUCAUCAACCUGAAAAAGGAGGAGCAGGCACGCAAAGUGCUGGUGCGUCUGCGUGGCAGUGAGGAUGUGAGUAAGGACAUGCAGGAGAUGAAGGAGGAGAGCGCUAAGAUGGCCAUGGAGAAGAAGGUGACCAUCCCCGAGCUUUUCCGCGUUGCGGCGUAUCGUCAGCCCCUCCUCAUCGCCGUCAUGCUGCAGCUCUCCCAGCAGCUGUCAGGGAUCAACGCUGUGUUCUACUACUCGACAGGCAUCUUUGAGUCAGCCGGUGUGAAACAGCCCAUCUACGCCACCAUCGGAGCCGGCAUCGUCAACACCAUCUUCACUGUUGUUUCUCUCUUCCUGGUGGAGAAGGCGGGACGGAGGACUCUGCACCUCCUGGGAUUGGGUGGAAUGGCGAUCAGCGCCGUGCUCAUGACCAUCUCCCUCCUGCUGAAGGACAUUCCCGUUAUGAGCUACAUGGCCAUCGUCGCCGUCAUGCUGUUUGUGGCUAUGUUUGAGCUGGGCCCCGGUCCAAUCCCAUGGUUCAUUGUGGCCGAGCUGUUCUCCCAGGGGCCCCGCCCGGCCGCCAUGGCUGUGGCCGGCUGCUGCAACUGGACGGCCAACUUCCUGGUUGGAGUGAGCUUCCCCAAACUAGUGGAGUGGUGCGGGCCUUGGGUCUUCCUCAUCUUCACCGCCUUCCUCAUCUUCUUUUUCAUCUUCACCUUCAUCAAAGUCCCAGAGACGAGGGGCAAGACCUUCGACGAGAUCGCCCGCAGCUUCGGCGGCGUCCCGCCUCCAACCUCCUCGUCUGCGGAGGACCCUCCCGCCGGCGCCAGCGCCGCCACCACACUCCCCGCCUCGCCGGUGAAGGAGAAGGUCCCGCUGGUGGUGGCGCCGGCAGCAGCUCCGCCUCCUGCAGCUGAAAACACGCCCCUGGAAGACAAAUCCCAAUCGACAGCGCAGGAGAGUUUGUAGAGCCGCUGUAGAUAAGAGUUUAAUGGCUGAAGGGGGUUAUAAAUGAAGGAAGAAUCACAGAGAUUACAAAGAUUUGCUGUAAAUUGUAGUCAAUUAUCACACCUUGGAACUAUUAGAAGCGAUAUAAUUUUUAUAACAGACCUACCAAGAACAACAGCGUUAUCAACUUGUAGGCUUUGGCCUUUUAAAGGUCAUGCUUUCUGCUGUCACGGUAACUCCUUCAACUUGUUAUUUUUCUGUGACAUUUCCUCCAC